AUGCCAGCUGAAAAAUUAGAAUGGUCUGCUAUUGACGGCAAAGAACACCCGGUUUUGGGUCCUGCUUGGAAAAGCAAUGGACAUGUCUUUACUUCAGGAAUUGUGGGGCAGAACUAUGCUAAUGGUCGUAUUCCUGAAUCGCUCGAGGAACAAACAGAACUAGCCAUAGCAAAUGUCAAGAAGGUUUUAGAAGCCUCUGGUUCUUCAUUAGAUAAAGUUUUCAAGGUGUUGAUGUUCAUCUCUCAUUCCGAUUAUUCUGCCACCGUCAAUAAGAUCUAUGGAAAACACUUUCCGCAAAAGCCAGCAAGAAGUUGCGUUGUUGUUGCAUUUAUGGAUGCCGCUAUCAAAGUUGAGUUAGAAGUAGUUGCCUCGACUGAUUAA